GACAUGACAUCAUCGAGUUGGACAUUUUCUCCUCCCCUUCCUCAUUUUAACUUACUUCCCUUUUACACAAAGCUCAAACAAAUGACCACAGCAGUUUUAAGCUCAUUUUUAACAAAUAAUUGUUGAAGUUGCUUUUUAAUGGAUUCUGUGAGUUGUCUCCCUUCCUCUGUGACCGCUACCAUUUUCGAUGGCUCAGUGUUAUCAUAACAGGAAACACCGUUUAUGUGGUGGCGUUAACAGUCUGAGUGACGAGAAGAGGAAGCAGACUUUGUAUCUCCCCCCACAGAGAUGGCUGGUGUUUGCCUGAGCUGCUUCAUGGCAUCCGUGUCCGUGCUCCUCCUGGGGGGUUGCCUCCACGAUGUGGAGGCUUCACGCUGUGAUCGUGUCAUCAAUAAGAAAGUCGGAGACACCGUGGAGUUGGCCUCAUGUGCACCAACUGAAGGGGUCACAAUUUCACAGUGGAAAUAUGGUUAUGAUUUAAUCAUAGAAGAAAAAAUUGUUCAUGGAAACAAUCAGUUCAAGGGCAGAUUAGACCUGAACCCCACAAGCUUUGAUUUAACAGUGAGACAACUGACUCGCCAAGAUUCUGGUGUUUUUGAAUUUCUCUCAGACGUGAAUGACAAACAAGCUGAAACAGUCACCAUCAAUCUGACAGUUUAUGAGCCCAUAACCAAAGAGCCUGAUGUCACUGUGGAUUCCGUUUGGGACGCAGAGAAGAACUCCUGCACAGUUUCUCUGACUUGCAGCUCAUCCUCUGACAGCAGCGUCACCUACAGCUGGAGCGUGAGGAACCAAACGCUGAGCGGCUCCAGGAUGGAUUACAACGUCGCACCUCAGGACGGAGACACCGGAUUCACCUGCACCGUUUCCAAUGUGGUCAGCCAGCAGUCAAAGAGCAUCACAGCAAAGUGCAGCAAGACACCGGAACCAUCUUGA